UGUUCUCAAAAGAGCGAUUUUUGUGGGGAGACAACUGUUAUACAAAUGUAUGUUGAAAAUAUUGCACAGCUGAUAGGCCUACAUGUAGAUUCACUAAGAAAAUGCAUUUAUUUGAUAAGUAGCAGGCAUUCAAGUUAUGACGAACAUAUCGACCUCAGAUAUUUAUGUUGAUGAACAUUCUGGAAAGCACAUUGCAUACUGGUAUCUGAAGUUGUCUACCCGGAACCCCCAGUUUCGAACCACAAGACAUAACUGUUAAUGAGGCUUGCCUUGGUGCCAAACUCCCAGCAGAAGCCAAUUUACAUGAUUUGAAUCUGGAGCUCUGAUGUCAGUUGAUAAAAACAACAACAAUUAAAAAACCUGAAGGAUUAUGCUGCUGUUACGUAUAGAUAUCUGUUUGCAGAUGUUUUACUCAUAGGUAGAUUAUAAAAACUGUAUAGCUGGAGCUAAAUGGGUGGCAGUCUCCUAUAUUAUCACUUGUUGCUGGAAGCUGAGAAAGCUAAUGACCCACCUUGGCCUGUAUUGUACACCACUUCCUCAUUCAUUGUGGGGGUUGCAAAAAUUAAAAACAAAAAUGUAUUUGUUAUUAAUAGACUGACCAUUUGCUUGUUAAAUAUUGCAUGUCUUCCAUGUGUUUUGUCUUGUUCAAUCAAAACUCUUUUAGGUGUUGGUAUUCAUAGAACAUUUAAUGUCUUCCAGCUUGUGAUAUUAUUAGGUGCAUCUAAAUAAAAACAAAACUGUUUAUUUAAACAUUAAUACAAUUGUAUGUAAAUAAUGUUCACUAUAUGACUGCUGUAAACAUAUCAGUCUUUCAUCCAUAUCCUUUAAUGUUUUAUUAAUUAGUAAUAUCAAGUAAAAGCAUACAAUGUCAUGUAGUAAUGGGUUUUUUAUAAGUUUCAUUUGUGAAGUUCUAAUACGUUUGUAAAAUAUUUAGAAUUUCCAUAAUAUUGUUGAAACCAAAUACAUACACAUAUAUUUAAUAGAUGACAGUUCUUCAACAUGUAGUAUAUUUGUGGGGGAAAUCUAUUGAUAUUAUGUAAUAUAUUUAUGUAUUUAUAAACAAACAAUAUGAAUAUCUGUGACUUGCCACAACCAGUUCUCCUGCAUAUUUUUUCAUACUUGGAAAUUCAUGACCUUGUUACUGGUGUCAGACAGACCUGUCACCUGUGGCAUGACCACAGUUACGACAGAAGCUUAUGGCGAAGUCUCAACUGCGAAGACUUUGGCGAAACAUUUGGAGAUUCUUCCUUUCUACAACUUCUGGCAGGUGUAUCAGAUCUUGUUGAAGAACUUUCAUUUGGUUUGCUUGUGAACUUAUCUGAUCAGUCGUUCUUACAUAAAGAUAUAACGUGUACAAGAUUAAGAUAUUUGGACUUGAGUUUAACCAGCGUGAGUGACCAUGUUGUAUAUCAGAUUGUACAGAAGUACCCACUUUUGGAAGGGUUGGAGAUCCACGCAUGUAGUUACGUGAAUAUCUACAACUGUCUGUAUUAUGUAUGUCAGUUAACAAACUUGAAGAAACUGUCUUUCGAUGAUUUUGGCUGUGAAGGCAACCCAGCACUGUUCAACAAGAAACUUGUAAAAGUUUUUCAGAGCUGCCCUUUGUUGGAAAGCGUAAGCAUUGAAUCGGAACAUAUUUCUGAUGUUGCCAUUCAAGGCUUGUUUGAAAAUUGUCCUAAUAUAAAGAAGCUGAAUCUUGCCCACAGUAAUGAUUUGUCAUUGGAUGGAUUCCUUGGUCGUACAGGAAGACAGACCUGUCUCCAGCAGUUGGGCUUGAGGUAUACCUUUGUAGAUGACAAAAUUCUGCAAACAGUCGUAGAGAACUCUCCUACUUUGAAGUAUCUGGAUAUAACAGGGUGCAUUCAUAUAACAGACGUAGGCUUGUGUGCUGUCGGUGACCACUGCAAAGGUCUGCAAACAUUCAUUGGAAACAAAUAUCAGUAUGAAAGAGGAUGUAACAUCACAAAUGUAGGGUUGCAAAGAAUCGCUGAAGGCUGUAGGCAAUUAAGAAUGCUGGAAGUCAAUUUCUGCCCUGGCAUCAGUGACCCUGGAAUCAUUGCCAUUGCAGAACACUGUCCAUAUCUGUCUGAAAUUGGUCUUGCUGGCUGUCUGUCAGUCACUGACAGUGCUGUGAUUUCUCUUGCCACCCACUGUAAAAGGCUUCGAAUGGUUCAUCUUACUGAAUGUGUUCAGGUCACGGCUGCAAGCAUCAAUAUCCUAGUCUCCAACUGCAGAUGGAUCCGAAUGCUUUCAUUGGAAACAUGCCACUAUCUGUGCAAGUUGAAUUUUGAUGACCUUUUAACUCCAACACCUAUUUCUGUAGAAACAGAAGAGAUUGCUUUAUUGACAGAUUCAAGCACUUGUUAUUUAGAGAAUUUAGGAACGGGGCAUGCACCAUCAACCUGUCAAGCAAACACCUCCAUUGAAUCUGAAGCUCAAUUGCCAGCAAAUGAAAAGUCAGACUUGAAAUGUUAUGAAUCACUUGUGUCACCUGCAAAAAAUGGUCAAGAGCAUAAGGAUGAUACACUAAAGGUAGGAUGUUCACAAGUUUGUGAUGUUUCAAGUGAUGGGAGGACAACAGAAUUGGUUAAUUCAAAUGAAGAUACAGUUUCUGGAAUUUCAGAAAUAAAAAAUGGCCACAUUGAUGACGGUGAUACAUGUGUAUUCCCUAAACAUUCUCAUCUUAAGCAUCUGUAUUUGGGCUUCUGCUCGAAGAUUGCUAAUGACUCCAUUAAACAAAUAGCUAAACAUUGUCCAGAUUUGAGCAAACUGAUGCUUCAAGGAUGCUACCUUAUCACUGAUUCUUCUAUUGAACUUCUAGUCAAAUCAUGUCACAAUCUUCAAGUCCUGGACAUAUCUGGAACAACAAUCCAAACUGUUCGAUUCACCAAUGCUGCUUUUUUCGCAAUUGGCAAGUAUUGCAAGAGUCUGCGAUCACUGAAGACCUACCGCAACAAGGAGAUGACACUGGAUGCCAUUGAGGCUAUUUUGAAAGGCUGUCCUGACCUGGACAGCAUUGAACUCACAAUUGGAAGGCCAUUCAAGGUGUCACUUCCUGGUCUCAUUGAGGUUGUGAAGGACAUUGACAAUCGUCUGGUAAAAAUCUGUAACAUGGAACAAAUAGAAGCAAAUGGUAGUCAAGGGAAUGUGACAAUCUCUUUAGUACUACCAGGAAAGAAGGGUCGCUUCAGACCAUAUGCUUUUAUGUAACUAAUGUUAAAGAAAGGUACUGGUACCGGUAGUAACUGCGUGGGACCGACAAUGGAUAUUGGUACUGUCAUAACGAUGAAUCUUCCUAGCAUAAGUAGAAGAAAUAAUUAAAAUUUUAUCUUUUAUUAAUGACUUACAAAUUACUGUUGGGGUCACUUACCAUUAAUCAAGUUCAUACAAGUGCAUACAAUACUUUAACAAUGCAGAACACGUUAUGCAUAAUAACACAUUGUUUCCUUUAAAAUUUAAAUUGAGACUGUACAGCGAAUUUCUAUGCCAGUUAUUUGUACAAUUUCAAACGACAUUUAAAUUUGUACUCAGAAUUAAGUGUCUGUGUAUGUUUUUGCUAAAAAAAAUUAAUGUAGGUGUGUGUAUAUAAUUGCUUGAUUAGCCAGUAUAAUUGUUAAAACAAUUUUAACACCAUAGUUCAAUAGUUGUGCCGAAGUAUGUAGCAAGGUUAUAGCUGUGACAGUACCAAUAUCUGGUGUCGGUCCCGCACAGUGGUCAUUUCAGUACAAAUAUAGUGAAAUGUCGAUUCCAUAUUUGGUGCAUAAUAUUGGCAAAAUGUUCAUAACCAAGUGUGAGUAAACUGCAUAGCAGCAAAUUGAAAUAGCAUCUGUUUUUAAUGCAAGGUUCAUAAAUUUGUAAACAUUUUGAGCAAUUGUAAACAUUUUGAACCGUUGUAAACAUUUUGAGCAGUAGUUAGGUGGUUGUUUAGAGUAGAUAACAAAACAAAUAAACAGAAUGUAUCUUCUUUUAUAAACCUCUAAACUAAAAGAAUAUUUCUCUGUAUUUUAAUACUGUAAUCUUUGCUUACAACGAAUGAAAUGCCAAACAUGUAAAUACAUUGAAAACAAAUAUGUGUAUUUUUUAUCUGUAUUUUAUAUGGACUUGUUUAAGUUGCCAAUUCUAUACUUUAAAAAAAAAAAAGUCAGCAGAACUUAAGUGGCGAGGGGGUGAGGAAUUUUUAUGACUGCAUUUUUAUGAAUGGUAACUUAAAUCAUACUUAAUAUAGUUAUUGCUUGUUUGUUCGCAGAAUGUGCCAAUAUUGAUAGGUCUUUAAUGUUAAUUGUUUAAAAAUACGGUACUUGUUUGUAUAUGUAUUUUUUAAUAUCCAUGUGUCUGAAAUAGCUGGUUUUAAUGAGUUUGUUUUUAGGACUACUAAAAUUGUUUUCUUGAAAUUUUGUAACCAAGAUUUUUUUUUAACUGAGUUACUGAUAAAUUUUACAAAAUCAUUCAGUUUGAUAUUACAUAAGCAAAAAAUACUGACUUUUUAACAAAGUCUACGGUAAAUAGGUUUAGACUUUUUUUAAAAUAGAAAUAUUGAACACAUUAUUCCAAUUUAAUAAAUGUACAGUGCCCGUGUUUAUAAAACUUUUAGAGGCUAGACUCAAUCUCAGAUGUUACAUGCAUGCAAUUUGUAUGGCCUUGCCAUGGCGAUAAAGCUCAGACUAUUUUAUUCCAUUGAGCUCUAGCUGUCCUGUGCUAGUUUUGAAAAAAUAAACUGGCCUGGGAGUGACAGUGUAAGGCUGCAUUGUUCAAUAACUGGAAUACUUUUUUUUAUUAUUAUUAUUGUAUUUUGGUGCUUGCUGUAUUUAAACUGAAGUAAAAGUACUGUGAAUGAAAAAGAAGUCAAGAAUAAUGAAAUAAUCUUUAGUUUAGAUUGAGGAACCCAUUAACCAGUCAUCCCAAUAGGUUGUGUGUCAUUCUGUUCUAACAAAAUGUCGAAAGUGGCAUUUGGUGGUAUUUUUAGGGUAUGUUUUUUUUGUAUCAAAUGUAGUGAAUUGUUAUAUUGUGUUGUGUUCGUCUUUUGUUAUGCUAUUCAGGUAUAGGUAUUUAUUAUCCACAUGGUUCAAGAUAUUCAGGGAAAUAUAACCAGUAUGUGUCAUAAUGAUUUCACGUGCACAUCGAAUGACGUCAUUUUGGGAUGCGAUGUCAUAACUUAAUGUGACUUCUCCAGUGUAAAGGCUUACAAAAAAAAUGACGUCGUUUCAUCGUCUCUUUUUACUUACUUUUCAAAUGUUAUGACAUGGUCCUAGCUUGUUAUUCAUAAAAUAAUAUUUUGCGUUAUGUGGAUAAUAAAGAAAUUAUUACACGUACUGAUUUUACGAAACUCUUGUCAGGAUUCAUGUAUUACCCAUGCUCUCACUCGGGCAAUACAAGAAUCCUGACACUCGUUUCGUAAAAUCAGUACAACUCACAAGCUAAAGUAAUAAUCUCUGUGUAUGUAUUUGUUAUUUGCUACAGAAAACCUUAGGUGGAUGCAAGACUGAAAUUUUGGUGAAUGGUGUUAUCAUUAUGUAUUACGCACUGUCUUAUUUGAAAUGAUAACAGUAAAGUCUGUUACAUUGAGAGAUAUACAGCACAACAUUUUAAAAAGACAGUCCUGAGUUUUCUGCCAUUGUAACAUGUUUCUGACAAACAGAGAUUUUUAAUAAACUAAAAUUACAUAUCAAAUAAAAACUAGGGCUUCUAAACUUUUAAUAAAAUCCACUAGCCAUUGGAUCAGUGAUUUUUAAUAUUUAUAAGCCACGAUUAAAAAUUCACUAGCCCUACUUUACUUUAAGUUAAUACAAUUUUACUAAAUAACAGUAAUAAUGGUAUAUGUCACCUAAAGAGCGAGAUGGAGCUUUAAAAGCUAACAAUAGGGGGUGGGGGCAAAAUAUUCAUAUUUACAAAAUAUACUUUACUGCAACAUUUGACAAAUUAUGUUGUCUAGCUGUCUGGCAUGGCAGUAGUAGUUAUUUACUAGCCCAACAUUGAAUAUCACUAGCCAUGGGAGUGGGGCUACCGUAAUCUAGAAGCCAUGUAAAAACAUUUGUUUAGAAUUUAUCAGUGUCUGUAUCUAGAAGGUUUGAAUCUGGUCUUCCUAUAAUUUGUAGUAGCUGAAACUGGUUUUUACCUCCCAGCAAUUUCUUACAUAGAAAAAUAUAUUUAUAUUAGGGAGCAGUAUGAAGUUUUAGCUACUACAAACAUUAGAAUGACUAAACACAUUUCAUAUUCUGGUACCAAUAUUCUAAAAAAAAAAAAAAAAAAAAAAAAAAAUAUAUAUAUAUAUAAUAUAUCAUUUGUCUUGAAUGAGGUUCUUUUAGUUAAAAACACUUUGAAAAAGGCAGAAAAUGUGGGGUAGUCAUUUUAAGUAAUUAAUAUAAAAAUGUUAAUGAUUUCAAUACAGUGCAUAUACACAGACCAGUGUUUCUGCCAGAAAGAAAUUUCUGGAUAUGGUGCUAUGGACUUGAAUGCAACCACAGUCAAUAGGGGGUAUGGGGGGCCUCCCCCACAAAGAAAAUGGGUUAAGUUUAGGGUUAGGGUUAAGAAAAUCAUACAAUAUUGAUAACUAAUUAAUUUGAUCAAAAUGUUAACUUUAAAAAAAAAAAAAAAAAUGGGUAUGGCACCAUACUCAUUUUACCAUCAAGCAGAAACACUGACAGUACCUUUUCCAAAUACUCAAGUCUGCGUGUGGCCAUUUAGCAAGCUGGAAAAAAGUCAAUCGAUUAAUGAUAUUUCUGCGUGCGACUUGUUUUUAGUAUGGCGACACCUUAACGUGAAAUGUUUACUAGCUGCUUAAAAGUACACUUCGACAACGUCAAGUUUUUUUUAUAGUAAUCCUCUUGCGAAAAUGCAGAUAUGAGAAAGCACAUUUCUGCGAACAGUAAAUCACACGCAGAUUAAUGUUAAUGAAAAGUGUGCCUAAUUCGUAACUUAAUUGGUCAUUGUUAAUGGAAUGUAGCUCAGUGGUAGUAGUCAUCUGAGGUUCAGUUGGUUUCAGUGGACCAAUCAUUAACACACCCCCCCCCCCCCCCAUCCCAUUCAGUUUCCUGAAAUUGAUAUAUCUCAGGUCUUGGUAUGUACUGUCCAUCUAUCUAUGACAACAUGCAUAGUCCUGUUCUCACCAGGAAGUCUGUUGCCUGUUGAAGGGAUGUCUGCAUAGUCCUGUUCUCACCAGGAAGUCUGUUGCCUGUUGAAGGGACGUCGCCGGUCCACAAAGUUUCUCUUUGAGGUCACAGGAUAUCACCAGGUUUCUUGUCUCAGAGUGUUGUAUGAUGGGCAGGACUGAAGGAUGUGUUCCGGUGUUUGGGCACCUGUGCCACAUGGAAAUUUAUCAGAGUGGGCAAGUCUGAGUCUAUAGAGGUGGGAGAGUAGGCAGUGAUGCCCAGUUCUCAGUCUAAAGAUGAUUACUUCAAUUGCUGUGUCCUGUCCAGGGUUUCAACAUAAUCCUUCUGUUUUUCCACUUCCAUUCUUGCCUUCCAGAUGGUGACAACAUGCGUAUAAAAGAUCCCCUACUGCUAUUCGAUAGAGGUAGUCUGUCAGGGCUUUGGAUCUAA